AAAAAAAAAAAAAAAAAAACAGUACACUUGGAAUUAUAAAUUUUAUUCAUGAAGGAAAACUAAGAAUGACUUGGAUGGAAAAUAAGGGUAACCAUUCUGGAUUGAAAGAUAAGGGAGGGCUUCUUUGAGGAGGUGAUAUUUAAAGCCAAAACUGGAGGAAGACAAAAAGAAAAUCAAGUAAAAUUGAGGACUGGAGCAUUUCAGGCAGAGGAAACAGGAUAAGGACCCUGAAGCAGCGACGUGCGCCAUGUUCCAUGAGUGAUGGUGGGAAGUGAGGGGGUGGGAGAGAGCCGCAUCAAAACCCUGAGGCCCUGGGAGUUGUGACAUUAAGUGGUCGCUGAAGCCAAAAGCAGAGUAGUGACCAAAUUCUGUUCUUAAAAGAUCUCUCUGGGGGGACAACAUGGCGACCUCCAUGCUGGGCUCUCUGCUGCGGACCGUCCGGCAGAUGGUUCCUUCAUCACCUUCAGGCCAAGUUCGAGGUUAUUACCUAGACUGGAAAAUGUUGCGUGAUGUGAAGAGACGAAAAAUGGCCUAUGAAUAUGCAGAUGAGAGGCUACGGAUCAGUUCACUCAGGAAGAAUACCAUUUUGCCAAAAGAUCUUCGGGAAGUGGCCGAUGGAGAAAUUGCUGCCCAUCCCCCGGAUAGCUGCCCUGUUCGAAUCCGACAUCGGUGUGUUAUGACGUCCCGUCCACGUGGUGUAAAGCGGCGCUGGAGGCUUAGUCGUAUUGCCUUCCGUCACUUAGCAGACCACAGGCAGCUGUCAGGGGUCCAGCGAGCAAUAUGGUGACCCACUCUGGAACCUACUGAGCAGGGGAACCAGUUCUGGCAAGAAGAGUCUUCUCUAACAGACAAAAACCUAGUUUUGUAGGGGUCCAGUAUGGGAGUUUAGUCUACCUGAUGCUGCCUAUGGUUAAAUUACCUUUUAAUUUUAAAUUAAGAAAUUUGGUGGAUGUUUCAGUCAGUGAAUUCUGGCUCUUUGAAUUUUCUCUUGGACUUAAAAAUUAACUGUACUGUUUUCAUACAUAGUACAAGGAGUAGAGUAAUAAAAAAUAUUCUGUGACAAUAAAAAAAAAGAUCUCUCUGGGGGCACCUGGGUGGCUCAGUU